UAAGCUAUUUUUGUUCAGACACAGAGCGAGCCCUAACGCCUUCUUUCCAUUCCUUUCAUCUAACAAAGCUUAGCUUCGACGAAUCCGCUUGAAUUUGAAACCAGUGGGAGAAGAUCGAAUGAGACAGCGAGCAAUUCCCAAAGAGGAAAAGCAAUGAUCCACCAUUAUCUACCCUAAUUAUUAUUUCUAUUCUUCAUCUUGUGCAUUUGCUCAUAGUUUUCAAAGAUGCAGGCUAAGAUCAGUGCUUUUUUCAAGCCUUCCACAACCAAAAUCUCAGAUCCGCCCCAGAUUUUUGGUCAAAUUGAAGAUGAUCUGGAACUCAAGGUCCCAGAAAUUCUGAUAACGUAUAAGCGUCGAGCUCCGAAGGCAGACCCCUUUAGGAACAAUGACUUUAGCAAUCAGCAGACUGAGGGAACACCAAUGGAUUUGAAUCCAGUUGUUUCUACUGCAGAACCAGCUUGCACCUCUGGUCGAAUCUUGAACAAGAAGAGAAGUUAUGCUCAGUUCCAUUUGGAGCUGGGCCAAUCUGAUUUCCUUCUCCAUAUGUGCUCCACCUGUGGUCUAAAAUAUGCUCGCGGGGAAGAAGGGGAUGAGAAAGUUCAUAAGGAAUUUCACAAGAAGAUCACUCUGGGAAUCCAGUUCAAGGGUUUUCGUAAUGAAAGAGUUAUUCCAAUGCCUUCAAGUGAUGGGACCCGGAUCAUUUUGGUAUUAGAUGGUGAUCCACCUGCACAAUGGAACAAGGUUCAGAAGGUUGCAAAGAUGAUUGAGAAGGAACUAGGAAUGGAAGAUGGGUGGCUCAUUCAUAAGUUCUGCAGGGUGUAUUUAUUCAUUUCCUUUCAGAGGAUUGCUGGCUGCCUAGUUGUUGAACCCAUAAAAAAUGCCUACAGAGUUCUCUCGCGUUCAGUGGCUCCAAAAAGCUCUACUGUCACUCACGCAAAGAAAGCUAGAUCAAAUUCAACCGUGCUUCACUUUGGAGAAGUAAAUUUUAAGAGGGAAGUCAUUAAAGCAGUCCCCUCAGUUGGUAGUCCUGAGCUGGUAGAUAGGGACUUCAAUGGAGCAAUCUUCUGUGACAAGGCAGCUGUGCCUGCUUUCUGUGGCAUCAGAGCCAUAUGGGUCACGCCCUCUAACAGAAGAAAACGCAUUGCCACUCGGUUACUAGAUGCUGCAAGGAAGAGUUUCUGCAUGGGUGUGGUCCUAGAAUCCUCUCAAUUAGCAUUCUCUCAGCCAACAUCUGCUGGUAAAGCAUUAGCAUCCAGUUACAGCGCCAAAGAGUCUUUAUUGGUUUACAAGCCUGAUACUUUGAACUGCUAAUUUUCAUAAUAUGCUGUACCAGUUUUGAAUGACUUUGGGGGGAUUUUCCAUGCAAUGGCUGCAGUGCCCGGAUGAUGGUUAAUUUAGCCCUUGUUGAACUGAUUUGUUCUUAUUCCAACAAUAAAUACAAUGUAGAAUGGUCAAUUAUGUGA